AUGCUCCGGCUCGGGAAUUUCUCGGGCGACGACGAUCAUGGCUUUGCACGGGCAAUCGCAGCCGCGACCUCGCUCUCAAGCCUCGAGCUAACGCCUCUGUUGGACUCGACGUUUCUUCUGGCGCUACUGCCGCGUCUUCUGAAGCUUGAAGAGCUCACGCUCAAGACGUCUGUGCUGCGCGUCGAGCCGGCGUUGCUAAACGCGCCAGUGCCACGCCACUUACGGACGCCGACUCUUACGUAUUGCACCAUGGACGACGCCACGGGUCUUCUCCAUUGGGCGUCGUCGUGCCUUGCGACUGUUGCGCUCAACAUGUGCGAUAAAGUGUGCAGCAAGCCCGCGCCUUUUGGUCACUACCUUCGCCGCUGGAUCGCCGGUGGCAUCACAACAGUCAUGCUCAAAAUCUGCGAAUGGAACGCGAAGAGCAUCUUCGCGGUCGCGUCAUCGCUCUGCAACACUCGCCGGUCGUCGCCGUUUUUGCUAUGGCUCGACGUGGACACAAUGCGUCUCGAGUCGUUCCAAGUACUGUUGGAGGCCCUUGUUACGUGCACCGGCGUGAGUAUCCAGGGAGACUAUCCUUGUGGCUUUGGAUUCGACGAGCGCGCUCAAAUUCAAAGCUGGGUGACGCAGUUGCAUCUGCGUCGGGAGUACACCAGUGGUUAUGAUUUCCACAUCCUCAGUCCCUCGUAG